AUGUUUUUGGAAUCUACUUGGACUUGGUUGGCAGAACGAUGGGGCAAUAUGGCCGACUUGGCCGAGCGGGUGGACGAUCUGAUAUGCAGUUUCGACUCGUCUGGUGACACCACGAUGGAUACACUGUCGAUGUUAAUAUUCGGUUGGAUGCUAUUCGGUCUGAUUGUUUUGUGUAUUGGUAAAUAUAUUUACAAUAACUUUGUACUUAACGAGAAAUUCGGUUCUUCUUCGGGAUCUAGUGUCGUUGCGGGUGGUGGUCAUGUGGGUGUCAGCGCUGCUGCUACCUCCUCUUCAGCGAGUCCAAGUGCUAAAGAUGGACAUGGUUACCAUGGGAUCGGUGAAAGUGUCGUGUCCGCGGGUAACAUCGCCAGCAAGCUCCUUACCCAGGAAAAACCCAUCAAAGUUGCGAUGGCCAAGUCCUUGGCAGCUUCUUCUGGGAAUUUGACUUCCUCUAGCAGUCCCUCGGUUGCCAGUCACGGUGGUGGCGGGGGACCGGGAAUUGGAUAUGUACCACCAACACCACCUACGCGCAAGAGACUCACCAGAAAAACGUCGGGUCCGCUGGUAAGCCCAGCGAGGAGCUCCCGUGCCCUUCACCUGCCGGCCGCGACCGGUGCCGAUGCCGAGGCCGUUCGCUGGGUCAACGAGCUUGUCAUUUGGCUUCAUUCUGACCUGGUGAUUCUUAAUGAACUACUUGCUCAUGGAGUUGGAGUUGAAUUUGUGAGAGUACUUCCGGAAACUCAAUCACCUAGUUUUUCAAAUAUUUUUUGUGAAUGCGAUUCUAGAGAUGAUGUUACAAUAACUUGUGACUGUGAAGCGACACCAGCUCUGCAAUUGAAAGCUUUCCGUCAAAAAGGAGAUAAGGUAGAGGUCAGUCAUUAUCGCGUCAACGUUAACCGCUUCCGUGCACGUCUUAAUGUCGUUUGUAUUACGGAAAAAUUACUAUUGGACUUGAAAUGUGAUGGAUGGCCCGAGGUGAAGGUUUCACUGGCGGCUGUCGGCACGAUAAAAAAGGACCUUGAUGAAAGCCAGUUGCAGGAAGUUGUGACUGAAAUAGUAGUCGGUGCUCUCAGAGGUACAAAUGUUCAUUUAAAUUUGUCCAAGUAUCCAACUUGUCCGAGAUUAUGGAGAGAACCACCACCACAGACUGGGUUCCCACUGCCACUUCACUACGACAGUAUGAGCCAUUCAGUAGGACCGACUGGAGGACAACAGAAAUACGUUCCAGGCGAAAGACGUUUAUUAGUUAAAGUCGUAAAAGCGAGUGAUUUAGGUGGCCAGCAAGGUUGCGUAGAGCCUUAUUGUGUUGUAGAGCUAGAUGAUCCCCCACAAAAGCACCAGACUUCAGUCAAAAAAAAUAAUGUUAGUCCUGUUUGGGACGAAGCCUUUUUAUUUGAUGUCAGUCAGAAUACUUUUGAAGUACUGCUGGAACUUUAUGACCAUGUUAACAAAAGUAACAGAUUUUUAGGAUUAGCAAUAAAACCAUCAUCUCCAACCCGCACAUACAACCCAACGAAUCUACUCAGCAAUAAUAGUCUUAAUUAUAACAAUGGUAACAGCACUCUUAUCUUGUACGACACUUCUGCUCAGUCGACCGGGGACUUCCUGACAAAUGGAACGACUGGCGAGUCGCCAUACAGAACUGGCCAGAGUAAUGGCAAUAAAGGUACUCUAAUUGUACACAGCCAACAGAGGCUGCCAGAGCGACAAAUAGUUAAGGUGACACUUUCUGAGAACGGAAGCUGGCAAGAAAUUUCACCCGAGCACGCCAACAGGGAUAUUAGCGCUACUUCAGGUAUAGAAAGCACUCCUAAUUCGUCUAAUUCUGAUAGUUUACGAGAACAACGAGGUAGAACAAGAAGGAAACGCCGCGACUUUUUUGGCACGAUAAAAAGGCGUUUAAACAGAUCUCGAAACAGAAGCAGAUCUGCUGGUCCAGAAGGAGACAUAAACCAUGAAGACGCUCAUUCUAGAUCAAUAUCUGCGGACAGAGCCCGCGAUCCCGGAUCUGCUUUGCUAUCUGUACCAGGAAAAGAAGAACAUUCAAGACGAUCCAGUCUCAGCGAAGCUUCUGCCAUUAGCGGAACUUCUACGAGGACGUAUAUUAAUGAAGCAUCUACUUUAGUACUAGAAACUCUUGAGAAUGGAGUUAAAAAACACUACCUCGUACCAUUGUCACUAGCACAAAAAAGUAAAUGGAGAAAAAAAGGCACUAAAUUACAUAUAUUUAAUGACCAUACAUUUAUUGCGAAACAUAUGCCAGGAGGUACUGUUUGCGAAGUUUGUAAGAGAACAUUAGCCCGAAGACUCGGUAAACAGGGCUACGAAUGUAGAGACUGUUUAAUGAAGUGCCAUAAACAUUGUCACGUUAAAGUCGAGUCAAUGUGUUCUACAUCAACGAUACAAAGUAUUGAAUUGUAA